AUGGGAUACGAAUUAAGAUUCUUUAACAAUAUUGAUUUAGAAAAAUAAAAUGUAAAAUCUUUUAAAGAAUACUCUAAGAAUUUGUUCACUUCUUUAGGGGCAAGUAAAAAAUAAAUUGAAAAACGUAUAGAUCUUUACCUAAUAUAUCCAUGCCUUGGCAAUUUAAUGAAUUUUUAUGGUAUAAAAUUCAGAAAUGUUAAUUUAGAUAAGAAGAAAAGCAUUAGCCUUUCUACUUUAGAAGUAAAAAUAAGAAUGAUAAAAAAUUAAGAUAGCAGUGAGGUUUGGAAGAAAAAGUUUUAAGAGCAAGGCUCAUUUAUCUAAAAUAUAAACAAAUUUCCUCUUGUGCUUAGUGAGAAAGAAUAGCAAUAGCCUUAAAUUGAUAAUCAAAAAACUAAAUGCUACUAUUUAGAUUAAGCUUCUCUUAAAGCAAUACACAAUACAGUUCUAAAUAGUUUAAAAUAAUCUAAUGAAGCUGAAGUAAAGACUCUCUAUCAAAAUUUAAGUUAAUUUUCUUUAGAAAAUUCAGGUCUAAAGCUUCAUCUAGUAACAAAAAAGCGCUUUAUGAAAGGAAUGUAUGUAGAAAAUACUUCUGUUAAACUUUAGAGAUUAGACUAACCAUAAUUUAAGUAUGAUGUUGGAUAUUCAGUUUGCAUCGAAAGCUAAGUAUAAGGAAAUGUGUUUCCUAAAUAAGGGUAUGACCUUUGUUGUGGUUUCCCUGAAUAUCUGAGUAGGUUUUGA